AUGAGUACGAGUGAAUCAUGGUAUCUCUACGCACGGACUUUGCUAUAUGGCCUCUACUUUGUACAGUUCACAGCCAAGAGCCCAGACAAUCCACGACAGAUUGGCUACGACUACGGUUUCCUCGAGAUCGUUGAAGGUCCUUUGUAUGCCUAUAUAUCUCAAGGUUCUUAUGCUGUGUAUAUAGAAAAACGAAGCAUGACGCUUGACGGUUCAGACUCCUACGACCCUGACUUUUAUGAGACGCCAGGUAGGCCUGAGGAUACUAUUGAACGAAACUAACACACAAGAGAAGUACACGUUACCAAACACCGGGAAAUGGCUAGUACCUUACUCAUCUGCACAUCCAUUUCAUUCGUUCAGUGGACUAAACUAUUUUUGCCACCACAUAUAUACGGCGGAUCUGUCGUCAAAGGAGUGCUUUUGCACUCGCCUUGGCAGUAAAAUGAGGGGGCAGCCUUCGCUAGGCAGACAUCAAUAAUCAGGCACCCGUUAUGUCUCAUCUGGAGCCUAUCUUGACCUUAUCCAAUACCACAACGUCGGGCUUGUUGUGUUUAAUCUUGUUGUUAGUCUGUAUUUGGAAGUCCCAAAGCAGCUUAGCUUUAUGUUAGUGAAGUCAUACACUGGUUGUGGCUCAUGGUUGUAAUAUUUUUCAUCCCUGUCAUAAUCCGUCUUUUCCUUUCACUUUUUCAUCCUUCGGUUUUGUUUUCCCCUUUGGUUUUGCAUUAGCUCCCGUCUUUUUUUCUUGCCCUUUGGGUUCAGCUUUUUCCUUUCCUUCGGAGGACUUGUCUAAAACGGGUACUUUUAUUAACAGUUUCAUUCAUUUAUUAUUUCAUUCUAUUUCAACGCCGUAAAUCCCCCCAACUCCCGAAUCAAUGUUGUUUGAAGUAAAAGAAGACUUUAGGGUCUAAAAUCAUGAUUUUGGGGGAGAAGGGGGUAGGGGUACUCACGGGGAGGGGAUAGGUAUAUCCACUAUUCAAAAAGGGGCCAUUUUAUAGAAGUCUCUCAACACUUUUGUCCCUCAUUGUAGGUCCUAGUGAAUCACCUGCGUCAGCUUGUCGUGCCUCCAGCAUUAAUAUUGCUUUUGAGAAAGAUUCUUGCAUUCCGAUACGAUAUCCCUAAUUGUUUCAUCACUUCCUCCGCAAGUUCUACAAUUUGCUGACACAUUUUGCAUGGCAAUUAUCCUUUUUAUACUAUUAGUUCUUAAAGCUUGGUCUUGUGCUGCCAUAAUCAUGGUGUCUAAUUCUGCAGUCUGCCCUUUUUAAUUUCAGCCACUCCCACAUCUUUUUAUUUCUUACUUCCUUUGUGUUCCUCCAAAACUGCCCAUGAAGUUGUUUCUCCAAAAAGCGCUUGUCACGAGCUGCUCCUACGGAUACAAUCCCUAGUCAGAGUGCUUUGUUUAAGGCACGCCGUUGUCUUUUUAUGCCUUCCAAAAAGUCUUUAUGUCCUAUCUUAUGAUUUUCAACUGUGAGUUAGCGAUAUGACUAAGCUUUUUAACAGUAAAGAUCCCUGAUGUGCCCUGCACAGGUGAAGUUGUGAACUUAUCGCCAAGAAAACCUAAAAACCAUUUGACCUUUUUUGAAAUGCAUCGUCGCGAGAAGCUUCGAUAAUACAAACUUUUCUGAGAGAAAUUUUAAUUUGCAUGCUAAUAAAGUUAUACCCAUAAAUCCAUUAGGUCCCAUCGUUCAUGGUUUACACCUUUCAAUCGACACCUUUUUUUCUUUUUUAAUCAGGUGUAUGCCGGAAGUCUCAGUCUUUUGCGUAUGAUCGAUUGUAGGGGGUGCCCGCGGCGAACCACAUUAGGUCAACCCUCCUAAACGGCUUUGUUUGUGUCUCCACGAUUAUGUAAUACGAGUAUUAAAUAAUUUCUUUUGCGUACCUUCUUGCUUCUUUACCAAUUAGAGAAUCUGUGUUGAAGGUUAGAAUACUAAAAAUUAUAUCACUACUUCCCCGCCUCAUAAUCAAAUAUCCCCUGUAAUUUUUAAUUGAUAAUGCAAAAUACAGAACACUAGACUGCGUCUAGAAGUUUUGGAUAAAAACUUUUGUUUUUGUUUUUGUUCUGUUUUGUUUUGUUGUUGUUGUUUUCCUUAAUUGAGCCAGCCUCGAGUGGCUUGAGGAUAUCUGCGGGACUUGAAGUAUCGUGCCUCUGUGUUAAUAGGGCAAUAAAUUUUGUCAGUCAGUUGUUUGUCGUCGCUGUUUGUCUAAUGGCAACAGUUUUUUCACAGGUAAUUAUGACAACAUGAAGUUCACCUGGGUUUGCUGGAAAAGUGGCGACUCGUCCCCGGAUUUGGACGAUCUCGGUAUUCUAAACGAGGUGUACCCCGACGGAUCGAACCCCACAGCCCCAGACGGAAGUAAGGUGGGGAGAUUUAUUAUCUAAAAUAUCUAGCCAAUUUUUUUCUUUUUUUUUUUUUAAACGAACCUAACGAAAUUUCCAGUCAGUUGGGUGGAAACGGGCCAAAAGGCAAGUUUUUUUUUCACUAGCGAAUCGCCAAGAAAAGGAAAAAAAAAAAAGAAGAAAAAAGAGCGGGGAGGAACAAAGGAGGAGAAGACAAAAAACAGUUGUUGCACUCUUAGAUUUAUAUAAUAGCUACUUUCUGAAGUAAUGGAACUUUCCUUAUAAACAAGGAAGAAACUGAAUUCCUCGUGAAAAAUGGACCUGAGUCGAUAAAUUAAAAACCAAUAACUGUUUUGCGGAAAACUUAAAAAAGAACACGUGACCUCGACGAAUUACAAAGUACAAAAGGUUUUGAGGUUAAGAGUCGACAUUUCUAAGAGUUUUGUUACUUGAAAAACCUUUAUAAAAAUGCUCAAUCAAAGUUGUUGUUGUUUUUUUUUCAUUAAUCGAUUUCUAAUUAAUUCUUAUUCAUUUUUCCCCACAAGAUUUGUAACGAUUAUAGCAAAUGAUGUUAACUGCUGAUACUUUUAAAACCUUUCGGCUACAAGACUUUAUGAAAAAGUAUCACCGUUUAUCUUCAACUGUUAAACAAUUUGAAAAUGUCUGUAAAAACCUUUCAUGAUAGUCGAUGGAAGUUUCCAAUUUCAUUCUGUUUCUGAUAGCGCGUUUUCUUUUUUCGACCCUGCUGUUUCUCUUUUUUGUUAAAGGGCUCAACAUUUCACAUGUAAAGGAAAUGGUGGUCUGUGUGUAAAGAAGUCAUAAUCAUUAGCAUUUUCAUCAGCUAAGUCAUAUCACAUUUUUAUUGUCAUCAUUAUAUACUUCUAUAUACUCGUCACCAUUAUCGUAAUCAUUUUUCUCAUAGUCUUCAACCUUUUGAUCACCAUCCUCAACUUCAUCAUCAUCAUCAUCAUCAUCAUCACCACCACCACCACCACCACCACCAUCAUCAUCAUCAUCACCAUCAUCAUCACCACCAUCAUCACCACCACCACCACCAUCAUCAUCAUCAUCAUCACCACCAUCACCACCACCACCACCACCACCAUCAUCACCACCAUCAUCACCAUCAUCAGCACCACCACCACCACCACCACCACCACCAUCAUCAUCUUCAUCAUCACCACCACCACCACCACCACCAUCAUCAUCAUCAUCAUCAUCAUCAUUUGCCAAAGAUGCCAAGAAAUCAAUAUUUUUUUUUCAGGUUUUUAACCAUCCUGGUGGAGGAUGCUUUAAUACGGGACCUGGAAAGAUAUCAGCCGGUAGCAGCAUUUCCAUAACAUUUGACAAUAGUCUUAUGCUCCUGGGAUACACAUAUUAUAUGGAACUGGUGGUACAAAAGGGACAUCGGAAGGGCAAUUACAGACAAAAAAUUGCUGUUGCCAAAGCUCCACCAAAAUUUAAUAUCAGGUAAGGCAGGUAAUAAACAAACAAUUUUUCUUUCGUAAACGGUUUUUGCAAUUUUUAAGACACAGCAAAUUUUUGAACUGUUUUUUAAAGGUGUUUUCAUCAUCAAUAAAGAACUUAAUGGAAACACAAAUUACGGUUAAGGGUUCUCUAAACUGACAUCUCCUGAGAGAAUAUUUUUAAGACCGAUAAGGCUUCCAGCUUGAAAGGCCAAAUCAGAUGACCCUUUCCUCAAAUUGAUUGCUAAAAUCUCAACUGCUUGCCAUAAAUCCCAAUCUACAACAGAUAUAUGACCAUAUAUGUUCCUGAAAAGCCCCUUUGAAUGUAAAACAACUAAGGUCAGAGCCGGGUAAAGGGUAAAGUUCUUUUUCCUUAAGCGGAAGGCGUGCUUAUUUUCCCCCUCCCCCUUUUGAUAAUUGUUCCGUUUUAAGAGUAUUUGAAAGUUGUUAAACCAACAGUGAUAGGGUGGAACGCACAACGAAGAUUUGAAGUCACACCGGGGAAUUAAACUCAAGACUACUGGCGCAAACCCUGAGAUAAGGGGGAGGGGGGGGGUCUCCAAAAAAACUGUUUUCGGCCCUUCAGGUCUCAGUUUGGUUUAAAAAUAAGGGGCCCGGGCCCCCGGGCUCCCCAGCCCCCUCCCCUGGGUCUGCCACUGGCGAGUGAUUACACGAAGUUACUACAAACUGUGCAAAAGCCGGUUUUUGCUUUCAUACCCACCCUUCGGCCAGCUCAAGGAAAUUUAUGUGUCGAAAGCUAUCUUCGAGGGGGUAGUCAAUAUUCUUAAGUGUUUAUCGUGAAGUUAUAAAUCGACUAAAACAUUAGAAUUCUCGAAAAGUUGUACUUUUUAACAAAUCAAAAUUUAGCAAAUAAGGUCACGUGACUUUGUAAGGCCACAAACUCCAAAAAAAUGCUUUAAGCAAAAAUGGCAACGGUUUGUAGUAGAGUCUAUUUCACUUAAUCGGCAAAAGAGAAUUUAAAGUGCAAGGAACUCUAAAACUGUGCAUGACAACAUAUGAAUUUGUAAAUACUUUUGAAAAUAAACGGUUUUCGUCACUAGUACCCAUUCCCCCAUUAUAACUGAUUCAUUUUACCGGAUCUUUCCUUUAGAAUAUCUUUACAUUACCAAGCACAGAUUGGGGCAAAUAAUAUUCCUAUAUGGCCUUAAAUCUAUGCGACCAGUAGAAAAACAUGAAAGUGUGCUGUGCAUGAGGAGGUCACGUGGCCUCAUUUGCAUUUUUGAGCUUGCCAAAUUGUUUCAAGGUAACAUUGUAUAUGUGAUAUCUGACAAAGUUUCUAGUUGAUAAAACAAAAGUUUCGAAAGACAGACAACCCCUUCACUUUUUCACUCAACAACUUGGGGCCAGUGAGAGGGAUGCAUCAAAACCUCUUUUUUAUGUUACAGCUGCUUUUCAAACUGUCAACCGAAUGCCAUCAUAAGCCAGCGCAUAGGCCUGGAAGCGUACUGUGUUGGACCAGACUGCUCAAGAACACUAUACUUCAAAUGGUUUAUGUACGAGAGUGACAAGACAUUCCCGGGACCGGAAGGUAUGAUAGAAUACCAUAAUAGAGAAGAAAAGUGUGACGUCACGUUACCAUGGUAGCAAAAUUUCUGGAUCUCAACACUCUCUCUUAACAGAAGCGGUCAUUUGCUUUGUCGACGGAUGCAAUAGCCUGGAAAACAGACGUUUCGCCUUGCUCAUCGCCGCUGGGGGACGUUUCGCGAGGAGGAACGUCUGGGACUCAGUGACAGAAAUUCCAUACUGAUGACGUAAAAUCUGUCCGGAAUCCGGUCAUAGGCGCUGAUUGGACGACGGAGUAGUUACAUUGUUUUAGCUAUUGUUCACCAAUGACAGACAAAAGACAAAAUUAAAGGCUACGAAGGUCAAAUGUAAACGCAGUGAAUCUAUAACAAAACAGUAAAUAUUGUGAAAUAUAUUCUUCUCUACAAGAAGCAAUUAAGUUUUGCUAGGGCUCGUUCGCAGAUGAACACAACACUUUACCAAAAUCCACCAAAAUUGAACAAAUUUGCAUUUGGAACCCCAUGACUACCGGAUUUAUUAUGUAAACAUUGAUAUACGUCAUCAGUAUGGAAUUUCUGUCACUGAGUCGUAGACGUUCCUCCUCGCGAAACGUCCCCCAGCGGCGAUGGACGAGGCGAAACGUUUGUUUUCGCAAGCUACGGAUGCAAGGAAAGUGCGGGCUACUGUUUUGUUCCUGAGUGUAAUGGUGCACAGUAAAGUCGUUUUUUUUGUGUGUGAGUGUGCGUGUGGUUGCUUUUUUGUUUGUUUUUAUUUUGCCAUAUUUGCAGGACCAAGGUUUGUUGAGAUUUACAAAUUUUGCUACCAUGGCAGCUUAACAUAUCGAAAAAUUAUUCUCUCUUUCGAGGAAAAAUUAAAGAAUAAUUUGUCACCCACGAUCUGGCAAAUGAAUAUUUUAUGUCUUAUUGUUUGGAUAAUUAUUACCUUCUAUCCCCAAUUUGGUCAGUUCAAGCUAGUAAUGACGAAUUGGCCGGGGGAUUUGAGCCAAUCAGGAGCGACGAAAAAUGUUUGAUGAAUAAUGAUUAGCGUUAUUGACAUUCAGUUUUAAUAUUGAUAACAGUUGAAAUUCCCGUCAGUAGUCAUCCAAAAUGCAAAGCACUGGUGGUCGAUUAGAGGAGGUGGUCGCACUCGAGGGUUUCUAACUAUAGUUUAUGACAAAGAAAACAAGUUUUGAUAAUAAUGAGGUUUGACUGCAACUAUUGUUAUUAUUUUUGUUUUCAUCGUAGGAAUUAGAAAUGUUGAUAAAGAAAGACUUGAUUUUUUUCCUAACCAACAGAUUACAACGCGACAAAAAACUUUUACAGUAACUUAUUGACAACCUCCACCUCUUCAUCGAUGCUGCUACAGGAAAACUUUCUCCAAGAGAAAAAAAGCUAUAUGGUAAAAUUUAGAGUGACUACUGAAUACGACGCCAAAGAGUUCACAUACUACUAUUUCGGCACGAACACCCCACCUGAAGGGGGUACUUGUGAGAUAGACAGAGAAACAGGAAAAGCCGCCCUUGAUCAGUUUGAUUUGGCUUGUACCAACUGGACAGAUAAGGACGAGCCACUGGUAUACCAAGUGAACAUACCGUCGAAAAAUGAAGGUAGCGGAUACAUCGUCUUGGCUGUGUUUAAUACAAGUUCGACAAACUUACGUCUACCGGUUGGAGAUGAGAUGGAUUUAUAUAACCUACAUUUAGAUGUGUAUAUCAUUGAUUUACUUGGUGCAAAGGCGAAAGUCAACCUUACAGUGAUUGUAAGUAUGUAGCACUGCCCUAACCUGCAGGCCUUGCGACGUGGGAUCAAUUUAGGUUUCUGGGAAACUGCCCACCUAUCCCUCCCCUAACCCAACAUUUUUCCCUCAGUGAGAAGUAAGUGUUAAUGUUGACUUAGGGGAGGGGUAGGUGAGCAGUUUCCCAGAAAGCUAAAUUGAUAGGCUUGGAACAGACCACCCGGCCUGCGAGCAAAGCCUCUUUUUGUCUUCUUGCAUGAGGAGGAGAAAAGGAGGCUCUGCGCAUGCCUGCAUGGCGUCGAGCCUUUGAUGUCACCGCAGCCCCCACUUCUGAACUAGACAAUCUUGUUUUCUCUCGUCAAACAGGUUUACCCGAGUGCUACCAUCCGUUAAUCUAUAAACCGAUGCUCAUAUCCGAACCCGCUGUACCAAACACACGGCUACUAGGCCUGAGCUCGAGACCGUAUCCUAACAGCAUGUCGCGCAUGCUCAACAAAACUCUUUCUCAAUUCAAGCAAAGUCUUUCUCGAAUACGCCAAAAUCGAGCAAGCGAAAUCAAGGCUCUGCUGGAAGGCUUGGAACAGACACCACAACAUUACAAUGGGCGUCACGUUGUAUCUUCGGUCGAGUACUUUAUUAGACUAAGUGAGAUGUAAUUAAAUUAAUUUAUUUUUUAGGCUUAUUGUUGAUGUUGUAAUUCAAUUCAACCUUUGCUGUACUGAAACUUAAUGAACUUACAACCUCUCUAGUCUUCAUAACCAAAGAAAGAAUCUUGAAUAUUUUGGAUUUGAGUGAAAAUAUUUCAUAAAUUCCAUAUUUGAUGACGACUAUGACGUUCUCUUACUUACACGCAUCACUUUUUGCGAAGAUGUCAGGUUCAGGUUUUGGACACUUUUCUAUACGGCGCUAAUGAAUUUUAUUCGAAAAUGGUUUUUACUGUUUAUUCUAGACUAGUAAUAUAAGAAUUGCAGUAUAAGUUUACUGUGCAGAGGGUCAACGAGGCAUCGUUUUUUGAAGUGACAACUUCAAGAAGUUGCGAGGACGUCAGUGGGUUUCAUAAUGUUACGUUUGGCCCGGGUGGUAAGGCAAUAAUAUACUGCUCAGUAUAUUAUUACUGGUUUCAACCUUUGAAAGCUUUCUAGGCUUUAAUUUCGGGAGUUUUUCUCCCGUUUGUCGGCCAUUUUUUUAAGCGGGUGCGGGAACGUAAAGUAAAAUUACGUCACGUUGUAUACAAAGUUUGAUUGGUCAGUUAUCUCUUCUUCUCGUUCCAAAUAUGGUACUUUUCAAAAUGAAUAAUCACGAGCAUCGGACAAAGCAAACAUAAGAGAGUUACACGUUUCAACCCCUUAUGAGUUUCUGGUCUUAUAGACUGUUUUCACUCACUGGCCAGCAUCUAUGCAAAUUUAGUAUGACAAAAGAAAGCGUUUGCAUAAGAAAAGAGUUCACCUCCCACAGGACUGGUUUGGGACACCAACAUGGCCACUGUUUCAUUGUUUUGGGACACCAAUAUGGCCGCCCUGACGUCAUGGGAAAGCACUCUAUAAUCCGACAGUAUCGUCUUAAGAUGAAAAGUUCUAGAAUAAACAAACUCGACUGCGAUUUCAUGUUGACAAAUUGUUUCACUUGUUUGCCCCCUGAGAAACCGCGUCACAUAUGGUCUAUUGCUAAUUAGCUUUCUGUUACGAUAUAUCACUUCUGAUUACGAUCCAAGCAAAAGGAAAUCCAAAGCUUCGAGUAAUUCCCCUCUCUAGAAACUAUAAGGGGCAAUUGAUACAAGCUUUUGGUGCACCGAUUUCUAUGAUCGUUUGGGUGGACAAGUGUUAGUUAUGACUGGUCGAUGACAUUCAUCAGGGGCGGAACUAGGUGGAGGGUACAGGGGGUGUGCACGAUCUAGGUGGAGGGUGCAGGGGGUGUGCACCCCCCCCCCCCCCCCCGCUGAGAUGACCUGCGGUUUUCUAAUACAACUGGUAUUCUGCAAAAAAAAAACUAUGCGGUUUAUUGCUGUUGAAGUAGAGCAAGAGACGAGUGCACCCCCUCCUAAAUGGAUCCGCCCCUGUUCAUGGCAACCUUCAACCCAUCAUAACUAACGCUUGUCAACCGAACUAUCCCAGAAAUGUUCCGCCGGAAACUUGUACCCAUUCCCCUAAUAGGAGUGUAGUCUCUAUCGCAGCCAUUUUUAUUGUCGGCACGCAACGCUCCCAGGGACGUGACGACACUGAAAGAGACUAUCUGGAGUGGGGAAUGUGACUGAACAAUGCCUUACAGGUAUAUCCACCAUCAGUAUCUGAACUGGAUAAGGAGCUGGCGGAACUUGUUCGUGAAAAUGGUGCUCUUAAUGGUUAUGUCGAAGCAAAGGAUCAACAAAGAGCCGCCCAACUGAGCAUUAGCGUGUUAAGUACCUUGGACUUUCUGCAGGAAUCAAACAACACAGACGUAAGCAAACUAAGGUUUCAGAAAUAUCGGGCACCAAUAAUAUAUAACAUGUAUAUAUUUUUAGUUUUAUUAUGGCCUUCUUACAUCUUUUCCGGCUAAGGGGGUCACCCUUCAAGCCAAGCAAUUUGCCAUGUCAAAGAUUCGCCGACUGAGUUUGGUGAGAAAAAUGUAGGGAAAGUGGGCUUACCCAGGAUAGCUCGUUUAGGCAGCUGACCCUUCUAGGUGGGACAGUUUUUUUCCAUAUAAAUGGGGCCUGAAAUGAGAAAUCAAGCAUUCAAUUUGAAAAUGUCUGUUCAAACUCCUUAGACCAACUCCAUGUAAAUAGGGUAGUACUAGGCGCUUCAGUAAUUUUUUUUUUGUUUGUUUUUGCUGAAUUUUCAGGUACAUUUUGCACUCUAUGGCCAAGACAAUUACGUUUUUGAAAGGGAAUUUAUGUAUUUUUAAAUGUUUCAUAGACGUUUUAUAAAUUUUUCUCUUCGACGCUAAAGAAAAAUUACAAAAUGUGCCCCGAUUUGAGAUGGAUUUUGUGUUGAAUUUUGCCAUGUGCUCAGUCGAUUUCACUUGCGUUAACGGAUCCACGAUCCAGAUAGUGUUUCCCGAAUUGCUUUAAAGGAUUAACUUUUUGGAUUUUGAAUAAAAAAUUUCAAGAAACGGCUUCCCUGUCUAUUUGUUUUGACUUUGUUCAUUCAUGAAAUUAGCUCAAAACACGAUCAUGACCACAUCCAAUCUGAAUUUAAGCUUAAAGUGACAAGAAUGAGUUAAAUCCUUCUCACAUUACUUACACUCAUCACUUUUUGCGAAGAUGUCAGGUUCAGGUUUUGGACACUUUUCUAUACGGCGCUAAUGAAUUUUAUUCGAAAAUGGUUUUUACUGUUUAUUCUAGACUAGUAAUAUAAGAAUUGCAGUAUAGCUCGUUUAGGCGGCUGACCCUUCUAGGUGGGACAAUUUUUUUCCAUAUAAAUGGGGCCUGAAAUGAGAAAUCAAGCAUUCAAUUUGAAAAUGUCUGUUCAAACUCCUUAGACCAACUCCAUGUAAAUAGGGUAGUACUGGGCACUUCAGUAAUUUUUGGUUUUUUAUUGUUUCUGUUUUGUUUUUUGUCUAGUUUUUGUUUUAUUUCCAACUCAUUACCAUAUUGCUUUUCAGAUCCGACAAAAUAUUAUCAACAGUAUAACACAGUUAAAGAUCAAUGACACUGAAAGUGUAAAUCAGAUAGCCAGCGUCUUAGUGGAGGCAACUAAAGUAGAAGGGGAGAUAACCCCUCAGUCUGGGGUAAGUGUACAUGUGUGUGGAGAAAUGAGCUUUUGGACAAGACAGGAUAAAGGGGACAGAGAAGGCAUCCUCCAUACACACCCUAUUCCAUAGGUAAUUCGUCUCGCGUUAUUUUUAAGACCACAGAUCCCAAGGUGGAUUAGACAACAGCCAAUCACAUAGCGCGAAUGUGUUCCGCGUACAGAGCCACGCGUCCUUCACGAAUUGAGGCAGAAAAAAAUGGCGGAAGACGCGGAGAGCAAUAUUGCUUAUCGUUUUGUCGACGAAAACGACUAAAGAGAGAUUUCUGCUAAAGCUGUGUCAGCGAAACGUAAAUUAAAAAAAGAAUCGCCCUCCCUCUCUUGUAUAGAGCUAACAGUACAGAAGGGAAAUCCUUAACACAGUGAAUAUUCUCUCAGAAUCAUUUAUAAUUUACAGUUUGAAGAGAACAAUUUCUGGUUUGAUAUUUAUUCGUUUGUUAGUCUUUUAUUAUUCAACAAAAAUAACACUUGGCGUCCUAUAAUAACAAUAAUUUAAUAACUUGUAGAGCGCUAUUUACAUUCACUGAUAAACAGCGCUUAACAACCUUAAAAAAACUACAAUAAAAUUCAGAUUUGUAAAACUAAUUACAUGUACAUAAAUAUUACUUGCUACUUGCUUUAUUGUACAAACGACCGGUUUCAAUAAACCUGCGAAAUUUCUCAUUUUGUUAAAGCACUGAGGUUACGAUAACUUCGAGUUAACUGAUUUCACGGGUUGUCAAAGAGUCGAGCGAUUCCCCUUUCCCAGGUGAACGCCGACUCAUUUCCCUUCAAUAUUCAGAAAUGCUGUCAAUCUGUUUACGCGCUUUCAUUGCCUUUCGCCCGACGUGUUUUGCAUGGCGUUUAGUCAUGCGAAACCUCCACGAAACAUCCACGCAGCGCGCGAGGUAACUUUAUUCCGAUUCUAAAAAUAACUCGAGACGAAUUACCUAUGGAAUAGGGUGUGUAUGGGGGAUGCCUUCUCUGACCCCUUUAUCCUCUCUUGGUACACCCCAAUAGAACGGCAGCUAAAUCCCUGUUGAAACAUACGGCCAUUUGAAUGAAAACCUCAUGUUCUUUGAGACUAUCGUUACUACGGAGACCCCAAAAGUACGACAGCUGAAUCUCCGGCAAAAAGUAUUAACAUUUCACUGAAAACUUAUUUCAGACCCUCGCUGCUGCGGACAACCCGAUAAUACGAAAGCUUCUGAAUACCCGUAUCGAAACGUACAGACACCUAGCGGAUUUUUCAACAUUAACACAAGAAUAACAAUUUUAUCAUCAUUCAAUUUUAUCAUGUUAUUUGAAUUUACUAUGUUUCCGUUGGUAAUCAAUCGAAAUUGUUGUAAACGUAGACAUCUAUCACCCCUCUAUUGCAAUUAAAAUACUCUGAAAUACUUAAAAGUUUAGUUUCUUCACUUGAACACUUAGAGAUGGGAAUAAUUUAAGUGGUUCUGUGAUUGGAUUUGAAUCACAUGAUGACUUCCAACGAGCCGUAAAUAAUUUAGCUAUCUAACUUGUUAUAUAAUUACGACAAGAGUAUAAACGAUGGUUUAUAGUAUUAUUUUUAUCUGUUUGAUUGCUAUUUAGCAAGUCAAUGCUGUGAGCUCUAGCUACACAUAUCUAUGUAAUGGGAAACCCUUAUAGUUUAAAGUUGUUAAACAAUAAAAAUGCAGGCAACGUAAAUUUUAGCCUUGAUCUAGUUUACUUUUACCCAGUUUGAUUUAUGCUUAAAAUUAAGAGGAUUUCUUAAGUGGUUACAGAAUGAUAAGUUAACUAAGGGAUAGUUUAUUGUGAUGUAAUAUCAGGUAUAUAUCACGAAUAUUCACCUAUUAUUAGUUGUUCAGAAUACCUUUACAAGUUCGAUGCACAAAAUAUUCAUCAAAAUAAACCUUCUCCUCUUAAACAAAUAUGUUAUGCUUUGGUACAUUUUUGCGACUUCCACGACAACCCUUUUAUUGUAAAAGAAUGUUCGAUAAGUUCCCAUCUCAACUAAUCCAGAAUCCAAGUUGCACUGACAAGGAAUCCGGAAUCUGGUAACUGAAAUCUGGAAUCGACAGCCUGGAACACAGAAUGCAAGACUGCCUUGGAUUACCUUACAUAGGGCGACACAAUGAUAUAAUCGUCCUUAUCACACAGUUGUCACUUGACUUAUUACAAAGAGCAAACUACAACGACCAUUUCUUUCUAGUUGCAGUCCUUAGGAUCAUGCGAAAACAUGUCGGCUAUUUUGUCACAAGAAGAAAAUAACACAGCAACCACAGACUUAGUGGAAAACGCUGGUAAGCAGAUUGUUGCUGUGACUGGCAAUGUACUUGGUGGGGCAGUCUAUACCCACACAGAGAAUGCUACUGCGGUGAGUAAAAAAAGCUUGCUUUAUUGAUGUGUCAAUGUAUUAUUAUUAUUACCAAAUUGAUUCAGACACCGCUCUUUUGCGUACUUGAUUCAUCAGUUAGGUUCGGCACAUGAGUGGAGCGGCGUCUGAUCUGGGCCUUUUUAACAUGGCAAAAUGACUAUUCGAUCCCUGACUCCGAUAACUCGAACCCUCGAUAACUUGAACCGUGUUUUUCGUUUCUCCCAGAGUUCAAGUUACCGAGGUUCUGCUGUAAAUUUAAUUAAUUCAAAAUGGCGGAUCCAAGAUUUUAUUAUUUUUUGCUUUGAGGGGAAAAAUUGAUGGAAUUUGGAUUGUGUCAAUCAAAUUACGCCCAGAAGUUGGACACGAUGAGUAAAUCGUUCUGUGUAAUUUUGGUAGCCGUAUCCGCAUGGGCGGUUUGAAGUUGGGUAUAUUCACUGUUUAUAGUUGUUUCGGAUAACACGCGACCAGCGAUGUCAAAAAGUUUGUCUUUGGAUUUUGGGUUUUUCUACGACCUCAAUCAAAUUAAACCUUUCGGCUCGGCGCUUUCUCGCCUUCACAUCUUAGCGGACCUCUUAGGAAACAGAAGUUUACUUCAACAGGCCCAGAAGGUCAUGAAUUGUGAUUGGUGGACUUCGAUCCGUUUCGUGUGUUUCUGUAUUUUAAGGUUCGUUGCUUUUGAACUCCAGAGUUCGGUCGCGUGUUUUUGAAAAGCGCAGUAAGUUUUUCCUUAGCUCUAAGUUUUUUUAUCUUCUUAUUGAAACAUGGCAAAUUUAGAUUCCCAAGGUGAAAUCGUUCUUAUAGAACCUCCUAAUCCAGAAGAAACACAGAUAUGGGAGGGUGAAAACGAAUCGGUACGUUCCCGCCAACAUAUAUUUUUGCAGCUUAUACGGGGAGGCUCCUCCCUGUGGUCCAGCCACUUACCCUUUUAUAUACCAUUUUUACGAAAAAAAAGUAUCCCUUUCGUAUACCUCUAUUGACAAAUAGUAGCCCUUCCACGUACCUUGUUUAGAACUUUGCAUCCCCUUUAACUGCUGUAAAUACAUUGUCUCUAAAAUUGAAAUCAAUCACAAAAAUAGAACGUUUUAUUGACUUUAUAAAUGAUAAAAUUCAUCUGUUAGUCCUUUGGGCCCUUUUACAGACCCAAAUGACAGAUCUCCCUUCCCUUUUAUAUACUUCAACUAGUGAAAUCCCUACCCUUUCAUAUACCUGAAGCAUGAAAAAGGUACCCCUUCCGGGGAGGAGCCUCCCCGUACAGGCCAUCAUAUGGAGUAACCCCCGGGGCUUUAUUGGGCAAACAAGGAUUGGAUACUAUGGUAAAGGUUUGAUUGACUUCGAAGAAAAACCCAAAACCCAGGAACGUUUUUGACAACGCAGGUCGCGAGCAAUCCGGAAAAGCUGUAAAAGUCUGAAAACAACUGUUACACUUUUUAAAUACCCUGGGAAAAGUUUUAUCCAAUCGACCCCAGUUGUUAAAACAUCUCCUUCUUCUCUUAUUUCUACAGCUUGAGGACCUCGCCAAGAAGGCCUUAAACCUUUCCGAAACUAUAGGAAGAUACUUCCUCAGGCGUCUAUUACCAGGAAGGAAACCGAUGGAAUUUCGAAGCAAACAUCUCAGUAUGCAGCUUGCCAAGCUUCUUGUGGGUGGCGAAGAUAACAAGACUCGGGAUAUGGGCAUCAAUGGUGGGUCAUUCCAAUUACCGGAUCUUCCCUUCUUGUCUGAUUCGACUCAUACAUACCUUGACAGAAGUGUAAGUAAGCAGGCAGUACGUAGUAGAAGAUGUUGUCAUUGUUGUUGUUCUUUUCAUUGUUUUAAUUGGAAUUUCGAAUUUUUUGGCAUUAAUUAAAAGGAAACGGCCGCCAAUGCUCGCAGCGCGCAAUGCUUACUGAGAAAAGGAACUUGGUCUUUAAGAAACUAGUGACGCAGUGGUGAGAGUUAGGUACCUUUCUUCGUUCUUAUCCUGAGAAGUCUUUCCCCAGUACUCAGGGGUUCCAGUUUUUCAGCUAUCGCUGGUUAUGUGGCGAUUUAUUUGUUUAAUUCAAUUUUUUUUUUGCGAAGCUGUUGGUGUUAGGCGAGUCACGCUCGCUUCUGUUUGAGUUAAUUAUUGUUGAUUCACAGUGACUGUUUACACGACAUUUACCAGAUGGUAAAUGCAGUUAAUGGAACAUUAAGCCCCAGGGGGGUAGGCUAAGGUAGCCUGCCCCAAUGUAUGCUCUGUUCGAUCUUUAAAGCCUUAUUUAUGAAUGAAAGCUCGCCAAUUUUAAGGUACAAACAAAAGCUGUUCGUGGUUGGAAUCUGACUAGUUUGUCGUAUGUUUGUCAUCACAUUUUCUUAGCAUCGCGCUGAUUGGUCCCUGUUUUCAGGGCCCUAUUCAUAGCUAGACUUUAAUCAUGAUAAGACUAGGUAGCUUAUGGUACAACUGUAUUCAUUGGUCGAGAUUUGAGACACUGUCUAGCUAUAAAGUUCUGCUAUUUCAGACCUGGUCAUUAUUCGUCUAGCUUGCACGAAAGCAAAUAGUUACAGUAAUUUUGCUCUGCACCCUCCCUCCCUAUGGAGGAGUUCUGUUGUGUUAGGUAUCAAUAAAGUUUGGGGGGGUCACUCCUUGUGGUGCGGUUAAGUCUGCGUUGCGACUUCUCCCAAGCUUUUGGCAUUGCUUGUGUCUUGCCAUCUUAUUCAUUUGCCUUAAUCUUGUCCGAUCAAGCCCGUGCGGCGCUGGGGAGAUAAGAAAGGCUCUGCCAAUACCCUUGUCCUACCCCACGGUAGUGGGGCGAUAAGUGAGGCUUGUGUUUUUACUGUGUGCAUAACCUGAAGUCGCUAGAACCUGUCACAGGGCUGUGUUCCCCUUAUUACGCCAUCUUGUAGUAAUUGUCUUAUUUGCCUGCGUGCGCUAUUUAAUUGUGUUACCUUUUCAUGCGUAUCUUAAGCGGAAUAGUGACAUUAAAGUAAUGUAAUAGGAGAGCUUAGUGGGGAAUUCGAGUUAUUCAAGUUCGAGUUCGAGGUUCUACUGUAUAUUAAAACAGCAGUUAAUAUUUACUUAAAACCUUGAACUUAAUUUCCACUUAAUUAUAAUAAUCAUCAACCGUAAACAGGUCUUAAGAUAUGAUCGUCAACCGUCAAACCUACUACCCCACUGAGACCCUCUGUUAUGUGUGAUGUACUUCACUUCUUCACUUACCUUGCUACUUGUUGUCUUAUGUGGCUUACCUUAUCACAUGUUCUCCUUUUUUUCUUUCGUUUUUUCUUUUUCUUUCUUUUUUGGUUUUUUCGUAGAUUCAAUUUUUGGAUGUGAAUCCGUUUAUAUGGGCCAAAAAUGGUACCUAUAAGGCAGCGACCUCAGUAAUUAGCUUAUCAUUCAAGGACGCAUCUGGAAGUCCCAUAACAGUAGAGAAAACUGAAAAGCAAAUUGAAAUCUAUAUUCCCACUGGCAGGGAAAACAAUGAUACCAACAAAGCCGCUGUGCACUUUGUUAACCCGGGAAAUGACAGCAUGAUGUUUCAUUCCUUUGAAAUCAAACACAACGACACUGCUUUUGCCAUUCGAAUAGAACCAGCUAAUGAAACAAUGCUCGCUGUAUAUUUACGUCAUGGGAAAAAACCAAACUUGACACAUUUUGACUUUAUGUUCAUUAUUCCGAAUUUCACGUCUUGCGUACUUCCGGGACAAGAAAACUGCAGCAUUGUGUCCGAUUUUAUGACAUGCGUGGAAACGGAGGACGCGCCAUACAAGGACGAAAACUACACAAGACCGUUUUUGCCUACAAGCUGUGGCCCAGCACCAGAGAAUGAAACGGUAACAGCUCCAUCUCCGGCUCCACCCGAACCCGGAAAAAAAGAGCAAACGUUUGAAUGUCCUGACGUUUGCAAAUAUGAUAACAUUACGUACGAUAAUUGCACUUGUGAUGAGCUCCCCGAUGUGACAUUUCUAUUCAACUCCUCGUUAGAUGAAAACAAUGACAUAUGCAAGGCGUUCAUCGACUUUUCUCUUUGCCCAAACGACACCUUAAUUUGCAAGAACUCUGUGAAUUUAUUAUCUUGCUACGUGUUGCAUCUGGAUCGUUUUAAGAAGUGCCGCAGUAUCCUUAGGACCACACCCGAAUUGUUUUAUGGUAUUUACGCGAAAUGCCUUAAAGAUCCUUUCAGGGUUUUUUUCAACAGUACUGUUGGGAAAGCAGGCAAGUGGUAUGUGGGUAUUGAAUAUUACAUACCUCCAAACGAUACUAAUACUGAGAAAGAGAAGGACAAGAAAGAUAGUUUGGACUUUGGGGAAGGUGAGCCUGAUUGGGAUGGGCUAGAGAAGUUUAAAUUUUGGAGAAGACUCAUAAAGAGAAAUAGAGAGCACAAUGCCAGGAAAUUUUUGGAAGGUAACGUUUUAAGAUGGGCAAAAUGGGCAAGAUGGAGAACAUCUUUUCAAGGCGACGAUGUGUACGACCAAAACUGUAGCUUUUGGUAUUGGGUUCGAAAGUACGAAUGUGGGAAAUUUGUCGACAGAUAUCUAGGUUAUUGGAGGCUAUGGCACGACAAGAAAGACGAUGGUGAUGAUGAUGAAGAAGAAGAUUCGGAUCGUAAACGUAGAUCACUUUCGUCAGAUUCCGAUGAAACCGCGGAGCGACUUUGUGUAGUGGUCGAAGAGAAGCCUCCUCCUUUCAAAAUCGGAGAAACAUUGCGCCUUGUUGAAGAACCGCCAGAGCUAGAUGAGAACGUAUCUGCACUCUAUUCGUUCGAUGUCAGCCUUUACACAUGCCUCUUCUGGGAUGAGACUAAUGAAGAAUGGAGCAAUAGAGGUUGUACGGUACGAUUUGUCCUUUACCGCCUUUUAGCUGUGAAAGUUUGUACUCCCUAAAUCUGCAAUGUGCAUGAGCCACUAAGUUUAUGUUUUCUUACAAUUUUGGCAUUUAUAUGAUGGUUGCUGUUGUUCUUCUUUUUGAAUCAUCAUUGCAACCCGUUAGGGUAGGGGCUACGAUUAGGCUGCUCUCGCUCUUGUUAUAUUUUUCAACACUCGUGGAGGAAUUUUGUUACUCCAUGCAGCCAUUUUAUAUAUCCCCUAUAUCUUAGAUAAUUACAAUUCAUUAUUUUUUAGAGAGCCAAGGGUCGAAGGCCUGGAUUAUCCUAUAUUUAAUAUGAGAAAUAUGUUUAUUCAGUCGCUGACACAGGCGGCUGGGAAGAAAAAAAUUGAGUAAAAAUUCUGAGUGCUCCUAACAGGAAAGAAACCUGUGACCGUUCGGUUACUAUAUGUUUACAGGCUGGUCCAGAAUCUAAUGACAAAAAACUGCAAUGUCUGUGCGAUCAUCUUACAUCAUUUGGUGGCGACUUACUGGUGACACCUAACACAAUUGACUUUGCGGAAGUCGCCCUAGGAUUUGCCAACCUGGGGAAGACUGGUAAUGUAGGCGUCAUUAUAGCCGUGUUCGUGAUCGUUCUUUUGUAUGUUUUGAGCGUGAUUGUUGCCAGGAGAGCAGACAGAAGAGACAAACAGCAGGUAUUACGGAAGAAAGGCAAAUUUUAUCUUUGAAGUUCAAUUAAAAUAGUAAUAAUAUUUAUUGUUUGCUAUUCAUUUGUUUUGCUUUUUUAUCCGUGGGGGCGGUGGGUACUUUACAGAAUUUUAUACGGAGCAGGCUCUUCCCCAAGUUCUUAUUCCUUACCCUGAUAAUAAGGUUUAGAUAUAAUGCGCACUCUGAUAAGUUGAAAAAGCGUGCUUUAUGAGAUAAUAACACGGCGCUUAAGCUGUCCUACCAUCUGCCAAUAGUCUGUGUUGAAAGUUAGAAAGUAAUGCGUUGGAAAUUUAAUGGAUUCUUUAUCAGAAAACAAAUAAAGAAGCCUUGACUGUCCUCUGUGGUCGUAAAGCUCUUAAGAAACGGCUAGAGCACUCGAUCAACAAGUAGGGAGAGACACUCUACUUUCGUGCUCUAGCCGCUACUUGCGUGCCUUACAACAGAACCCAAGGCAGAGAAUAUUCAAGGCUUCUUUAUUUGUUAAAUAUACCAUUUAUGAAACGUAUUAUUAUGAGCUCAUUGGUCCAUAGUGCGAGUUGAUAUAUACUAAUCUAACUGAAGAAUGAAUUGAUUUUUUUCUGGUGUCGUCGAAAGACCAUUUUCUACAUCAGCAAUUCUACUUUCAUAACCAUGUGGUAGAUUACAAAAAAACGUGAGAGUUAAACCUCUCAAUCUUUUGUUGCAGCUGUCUAUUGCAGUGCCCGUCCAUACGAACAAAACUGGUGACCACACUUACGAGAUUACAGUUUAUACAGGGAUGUUCGGAGACUCUGGUACAACAGCACACGUGUCUAUGUACAUUAGCGGUGAAAAGGGUGAGAGCGAAGUAUUACCUCUUCAAGACAGGAGUGGCGCAAAACGCCCUUUUAGUCGUGGCAGUGUCAGCUCCUUUGUAGCAAGGUGAGCAAUCGACUUGUUCUUUAUCCACACAGGGUCUGGAAGGCUAUUCGCGGGAUCCGGGAAUUAGGAAAAGUCAAAAUUUUUCGAGAGGGGACUCGCCAAAACUCUUGGCGGAAGAUGUUGUAUUGGGAAAGAAAACGGUAUCCGGGGUAAAGAUGUCAGCGGUAAGGGUUGUGGGAUUAUCGUGGAAAAGAAGCAGGAUUGCGGGUUCAGGCUCACCUUUCUAGACUCUAUCUAUAGCAGUUGGAGCUGGAAUCCCAAUGGGUGUUAGGCUUUGCUUAAACAUCCAAGGUUAAAUUUGAUAUCACAGUUUACGAACUGACGCAAUCAUGAGCUCACAAAGAGAGCAAAAUCACCACAAACAAAUUAGCCCAGUUUAGUUUGACUUUUUGGCGUCAUUUUAGAAGUGAUUCUCUUUCCUGAUUUCUUGGUGCUUAAAAACACCCCCCGUUAUUUCUUCAAAUCAGAUAAUAUAUAGAUUUAGCCAGGGCUAAAAGCGAGGCUCCCAUUAAUAUAUUUACAAUUUAAAUCAAACAAUAAACUUGUGUUCCACAAUUCAGUUAACUUUAGAGCACAUUCAUGUGACUUUUGAGGGAAAGGCUAAGUGAUUUUAGAGAAAAAUAAUUUGCAAACAGCCCAAUAGUGAACAAAAUCUUACAUCGAGUUGACAGCCUCAUAUGUACACCCAAAAAACAGCAAUCAUCUUCGAUCACAUUUAAGAGCCAUACUAGCUCUUGACCACCGUAAGAUUAAUUAGGCCUGGAAAUUAUAUCAGGCCGAAUUUUAUUGGGUUCGACAAGUUUACUUUACAAAAUCUUGCCAACAAAUCUGGGUGCGUGUAAACCAACCUUUUAUACCAUUUAUACAUCACAUCUGAGAUGAAACAGUACUAUGAGGUACUGUUUUUAUCAUACAGACCUCGGACAGAAAGCCGUAUUUCACAAUUUUGCGACACAAAUUGCAAUCAUUCAAUAUAUUCAGGACGAUCGAAGCACGCGUGGGCUUUUAGCUAAACCGUAAAAAAAAUUUCCAAAAUCACAUAUACGGCCAGCCGGUUCUCACUUUUGCAGUGCGGGCUGUAGCGAAUGUUUGAACGAACAUACUAGAGUUAAGCUCCAACAUAAUAAAAAAAUUAUUAUGUUUAUUUUUUUAUUUAAUUGUUUUAUCGAUGUGUAAUCUUUAAAAGCGUUUGAUACGCGCGGCAUUUUGAGUACUCCUCACUGAACGACUGAAAACAAACGGAACAGCGAUUAAAAUUAAAAGAGAGACUACCAACAAUCAAUAAAAGAAAUAUAAUUCGGUGAAACAUAUACAGACACAACAUUUUUCGUCCACGAAAACAAGUAUUAAAUCCUGAGUCUUCAAGCUUAAAGCUUAAGUUUAUGUUUUAAGCCGGCUUCCCGGUAUUUACUUUUUUCAAAGAUGAACUCGAGGCCAGGACAGGCAAGAAAAUCGCUCAAAGCUUUCUUUUACAGCCAGAAUUAUAACUAAAUGUUCUUUGGAACGUUUUCUUUCUAUUUGCGGUGAAAAAAUGUUUAAAGGCUUUUUAAAGUUCUGUAUGCUUAUAUCAAACCUGAUUCUUGGUCAAAUCAAAUUGUCUCAAAUCUUACAAACGUGCGUAAACUAAAUAGCCGCAUAAACUACGCUCGACUUCAUUAAAUUAGAUAUAAAAAACAAACAUCAAUCACAAUAAUUACUGAGGCUUACCAUUCGAGAUGCAGCUCCUGAAAGGUAUCAAGUAAGGCCAGUAUCGCUUCAGACUUUUCAACCCUUACGCAUCAAGCAAGGUGAAAAACGAAAACGAUGCCAUCCGAAAUCGCAUUUCCGACUUUGACAAGUGAUGUGUUAACUUCUCAACCAAAAAACCAACAAGCCAUGAAUAACAGAAAGUAAAAAAAUAAUAAUUUUAUUUAAGCUCGUUAGCGUGAGGAGUGGUUGCCCAAUCUCCCGAGCCCGGGGCUCAUGUAUUAAACGCUCGAGCAUUCCGGAUCGAGUUGUAAUUUAGAAAUGUUGGUUUUUGCGGAGAGGGGAAAACCGGAGUACCCGGAGAAAAACCUCUCGGAGCAGAGAAGAGAACCAACAACAAACUCAACCCACAUAUGACGUCGAGUCCGGGAAUCGAACCCGGGCCACAUUGGUGGAAGGCGAGUGCUCUCACCACUGCGCCAUCCCUGCUCCCCCAGGAAGACUCCUCAUAACAGAAGACUCCUCAUAACAGCUGAAUUUCAUUUUGUGCAUCCAGUGGGAAAAGACAGUUAAAAACAUCACAAGUUGACACAAAACUCUGUCAGCUUCAGCUGUCAAAGUAAACAAGGUUCAAGAUGAUGCAUAAAUUUUCCGCAUAAGCUCACCUGUCAAAUUUGGACCAAUCAGAGCAUAAAAAAUGGACGUAGAGCGUGACCAACGCGUGACCAUGGUGAGCAAAGUCAAAAGCAACUGUCUUCCCUGCCUGUAAUAGCUGGCCGAAAUUUCGCGUCCGAGGUCAGUUUUAAAUCAAAAUGUUAAUUGCGUGGCACAAAAACAAAACAUCUUUCAUAUGAAUUUAAAAAAAUCAAACUUGAGUCUGCGAUCAUUUGAAAACUAGUAACUUGUCAGCGGAUACCUUCAAAAAAUACUUGACCUCGCUGGGUCAACACCUGUGCCCGCGAUACGGUCAUGUAAUACUGGUCAGCGGAUACCCUGUUUUGACAGCUGUCAAUUGAUCACAACAUUGAUGCCCAAUGGAUGUGUGCAUUAUCAGUUUUCCUGUGCUCUAAAACUAGCUAGAAAGUAUAAGACUGAACAUUGAUCGCGACCUAGUAAAACAACUGGUCAGCGGACAGCUUCCAUUAAAUCACGUCACCUUGAUGAGUUGACACAUGAGCCUUCGAUAUGGCAAUGUGAUACUGGUCCGUGGCUAUCCUGUUUUGACAGCUGUCAAUUGACCAUAUUGUGAAUGGCCAAUAUAAAGGAUGUGCAUUUGCCACGACACGCCUGAGUCACUCCUCCCUUCCUUUUGAUAGUCUCCCCUACCCUACCCGUACAAUCUGUAGACACGUACGUACGUACGUACGUACGCUCGAUCAGUCACGUGACAACCCAACGAAAAGAGGUUGACCAUACUCUAUGAAUAUGGGGCUCUGUCCCACGCGCGCGAGCCCUGCUAUAAUUGACCAAAUCUGGAAGAAUUUUGCUAAAUUUGUUUGUGUUUGCACACUUUACGGACUCUUGUGGACCUAUAGAAAUAUCCUCAGGGCCCUUAAUUUAUCAAAACUGACCGGCCAGAACAUUUUUGUCGUAAAGAGAAUUUAGUUAUUAAUAAGGAAUUUCCAGGCAGCUCAGUCUAUUGACAAAGAGUAUGCGUCGUAUUGAUUGGUUUCUGCAGAAAUUCACGAAAGCCUUUUCGUUUUCAAAAUAGCUGGUCCGGACGUCCAGCGUUUUGACUUUUAAUUUACUUGGCACUAUUCACAGACGCCUUUCGUGCACUGUAAAUCAAAUCCAUUUGUUAAAUUUAAACGACGUUAAUUAGGGUACACACGUUCUCCACAUCUAGUGUGGAUAACAGUACUUAUGCAAUCCGUGGCAUUGCUUUAUUUACCAGUAUUCUUUUUGUCCAGGUUACCGAACUCUCUGGGUCGAUUGAACUAUGUGAAUGUGUGGCACGAUAACUCGGGCUCAAGCCCCUCGUGGAAUCUGCGACAAAUUGUGAUUCGCCACGUUCCAACGAAUAAGAAGUCGUAUUUUAUCUGUAACCGUUGGUUAGCAGUGGAGAAGGACGAUGGAUUGGUUGAAAGGGCGAUCUUCGUUGCCGACCAAAAGCAGAUGACAGGAUUUCAGAACCAAUUUUAUAAUAGGGCUUCCAAGGACAUAGGUAGUAACUGAAACUUAGUGACCUUUAUCAUUUUUUGAUGAAUUGUUAGCCCGCGUAGCAAGCAUUUCUACUUGAGUUCGUCUAUGGAGUUCCUUUGUCUUUUUUCGCUCUCGCAGUCCAAUGUUCGCGCAAAAACUCGAUCGGAAACCCUGGCGCUUUCUACGCAGACUAAUUAACUGUCUCACAGAGUAACUGAUUGUUUUACGUUGUUUGACUGAUCGGUUGACUGAAUGAUUGACUAGUGACUAACUUUUAAGACUAAGUCAUUGUCUAAUUACUGUCUGAUGAACCGACUAAUUGUCGACUGGUUGCGUCUUUCUAUUCAUGUUACUGAAUUGAACUGAGUCCGUGGAGUGAAGUUUGGUCUUAAAUCAGGCGCCUUCGUUUAAAAUCGUACGAGCGCACGGCGCGAGUUAGAUUUGAAAUCACAAGUAUAACGGAAACUGAAAUCCAUUCGAUUCAAUGAUCACUUUAUCGCAUCUGUUUUUAAAUUACAUAAUUCAGUAGCCCAUAAAUAAGAUUUUAGUGGCUAGUAUUAAUAUUUUAUCGAUCCAACAGUCAGUUAAUUGUAAAACAAAAAAAGGGGGGGGAACCCGAAACGUUUCUAAAUCACGUUUUGAGUAUGCAGAACAGAAAUAUUGCGAUUAAGAGAAGAAAUGAGGGAAUUAAUAGCAUACAUUAUUUGAUAUAAAACAGAUGUGAUUUAAAGCAUAGAAGUAUGAUUCGUGAAAAAAAUCACGCUGCUGAGAGUCACUCAGACCGCAGAGAUCUCAAUUGAUUUUAACGUGAAUGUAAUAUAUUGAUAAAUUGGCUGGCUGAAUAUUGGACUUACCAGUAGAAUGAUCGACUAAUUGUCAAAACUGACGACAGAAUAACCACACAACCGACAAUUUGAUUAAGGAUAAACGACUGUUAAGCGGCGACCAAAUGGCGGAUCGGAACGCACCAAUGACACUUAGGCUCUUCAAAGCCAAUAACAUUCCUGCUUAACUGACAGACGACCAGUAACACCCCGACUCAAUUGGCCAAUCAGGUCAACAUGAGUUUAAUACUAUCAACUGACGUGAAACUUUACCCUACGAGCAGAGAUUUCUCUCUUGCAUAACUUUUAGCCUUUAACGAAGUCGUUCGCGUCGCUUGUCAGCCGCGUAAUUGGUUUGUUUUAUUCGCCCCAGGGCGUAAACGCUAAAAGCCAUGCAAGACAGAAACCUCUGCUCGUAGGGUAGGUUUUCUAAACGUCAGUCACUAUCAAUAAUAGUCCUAUUCAGGUUUAACUCACCCGAGCUACUUAUGUAACUUAUUAUUGCUAUUCUUACGCGACCACAGGUGAUGGCCAUUUAUGGUUUUCAGUGUAUACGCGGCCGCCACACAGCUCUUUUACUCGGGUUCAAAGGUUGACCUGCUGCAUCUCUCUGCUCUUUUCUUCUAUGGUGGCUAACGCUAUGUUUUACGAAUUGGGCGAUGCUGAGGAAAGUCUUCGAAUCAAAUUUGGACCUAUCGACUUCACAUGGCAGCAGUUGAUGAUUGGAAUUCAAAGCAGCAUUGUCGUUGUCCCCUUUAACUUGAUGACUAUCACCAUUUUUCGUUUCACUGGACCGAGAAAGCCCUCUGAAAGAGAACAAAAAGCUGGACCCAAAGGGCAAGAAAAAAAGGCGGGAGGUAAUGCAAAACCAAAAGGGUUUACGGUUCUUAUUCGUCUUCCUUCUCUCAGUAGCUACUUAUGGUAG